AGGCCGGCCACUUCGACAGCGCUAGCCACAAAUAUUACUAGCCACCAACCUCACCCCGUCUCUAUCGAUCCAUCUCUGCUGUGGCCAUAUCCCCGUCCCGAUCGAUCUCUCGCUCCCCCAUUCUCUCCCUGCCACAUCCCAAAGCUACUAUACUAAGCUAGGCGUGCGCGCACAGGCGUCAAUGCAUGCCCGCCUAAUUCCCCCUCUUCUGCCGGGUGCGAAAACGAAACACAGCUCGAGAUAUAGGAAUUCGCAGGAGAAGAUAGAAAUACAUACACGCAUACAUAGGUAGAUCCCCUCUCUAGUACCCAGCCUACAGGACAUAUAGCUAGCAUCUCUGCCGCAGCAGUGUCUAUUCUAUUCUCGAUCGAUCGAACAACAGGCCAGCUACUUCGAUUCUCUCAGAAGAAGGUAGCGAGAGCCGAGAGGGGAACAAGAAGAAGAAGGAGAGGAGGAUUGCCAUCGAUCUAGCUGCUCUUUUGCUGUAUGUAUUUCUUGCUCCGAUUGCGCAAGACAAGAAGAACCACUGGUCAGCGACGAUAGCAAAGCUGCUGCUUAAUUUUGUUCCCCUGCGGGCUGCGGCAGCUCCUUCUUCUUCUCAAGAACCGUAGUUGUCCUCCUCGCUGCGGACUUGCGGCGACCGGGAUGCCGCAGUAAUCCACGAGAAGAAGUAUACAUACAUGGAGUUCACUGCCACAAGCAGCAGCAGUAGGUUUUCUAAAGGGGAUGCGGAGGAUGCGGAGCAGGAAGAGCCAUCCAGGCGCGAGAUCCCGUUCAUGACGGCCGCUGCAUCCUCUUCUGCGGCGGCUUCGGCGUCCGUGUCCGCGUCAGGAGGAAGCAGCCCUCCCUUUCGAUCCGGGGAUGGCGGCGCCGGAGCGUCGGGUAGCGGCGGCGGCGGCGGCGGCGAUGCGGAAGCGGCGGAGGCGGUGGAGAAGGAGCACAUGUUCGACAAGGUCGUGACGCCGAGCGACGUGGGGAAGCUGAACCGGCUGGUGAUCCCGAAGCAGUACGCGGAGAAGUACUUCCCGCUGGACUCGGCGGCCAACGAGAAGGGCCUGCUGCUCAACUUCGAGGACAGCGCGGGCAAGCCGUGGCGCUUCCGCUACUCCUACUGGAACAGCAGCCAGAGCUACGUCAUGACCAAAGGCUGGAGCCGCUUCGUCAAGGAGAAGCGCCUCGACGCCGGGGACACCGUCUCCUUCUCCCGCGGCGCCCGCGCCGCCGCCGACCGCCUCUUCAUCGAUUGGAAGCGCCGCGCCGACUCCCACCGAGAUCAUCACCACCCGCUCCUCCGCUUCCCCGGCCGCCUCUCGCUCCCGAUGAUGCCGCUCGCGUCGCACUACAGCCCGUGGGGCGUUGGCGGCAGCGGCGGCAGAUCAGGGUUCUUCCUGCCGCCCUCGCCGCCCGCCACGCUCUACGAGCACCGCCUCCGCCAGGGCUUCGACUUCCGCGGCGGCAUGAACCCCGCCAUGGGAUUGGGGAUCAGGCAGCCGCAGCUCCUCCUCUUCGGCUCGGCCACGUCCAGGAUGCCUCCGCAUCACGCGCACGCGCCACCGCUUCUCCUGCCGCGCGCGCCGCCGCUGCACCACUACACGCUGCAACAGAGCACCGCCGCCGGGCCGUCCUCGGUGGUGCUCGACUCGGUGCCGGUCAUCGAGAGCCCGACGACGACGGCCACGAAGAAGCGCGUGCGGUUGUUCGGCGUGAACCUCGACAACCCGCAUUCGUCGGGAAAUGGUGCAGGCGGCGACGGCGAGUCGAGUAAUAACCAUGGCGGCAGGACGCUGUCGUCGUCAUUGCAGAUGCCCGCAUCGGCGGCAUGGCGACCAAGGGACCCUACGCUGAGGCUUCUCGAAUUUCCUUCGCACGGCGCCGAGUCCUCCCCAGGCCAAUCGUCCCCGUCGUCGUCGUCGUCUUCCAAGAGGGAUGCGCGUUCAUCGGCUUUGGAUCUCGAUCUGUGACCUAAAGAGAGAAAAAACAAAGGAAAGUUCAACGACUCCUUCAUAUUAAUUCUUCUGUCUGAUUUCGUUUCUUGUCAUCAUCUCAUCACUUCUCUUGUGGUUCCAUUAUAACCUUUUGGUGAUAGUACUAGCAGUUAGGAUUUCACAUUUUUCCUCCCCAUUUUGGCACUUGAAACUUUUGUGUUGGUUUGAGAAUUCAUAAAGAAAGAUUAGCAAGCAAGAUUAAUGUACGUUUCUCACCCCCUAAACCCGUGUCUUGUUCUUCAGCAUUAAUUUCCCCUCUUCA